GGAUAAUUCGAGACGGAAGAGAAGCGUCGAGGAGAAGGAAAACAAGCGCAGAUAUUAAAAAAAACACAAACAAACAAAGAGAGCAGAAGCGUGGGUUAAAAACACGCAGGUAAUUGGAUUCAGAUACAGAAAAGACCCAAGAAAAUCAUCUCAAGAUGAACGCGUUUGACCGUAAUAUAAACUUUGAUGCAUUGUUUAAAUUUUCACAAAUCUCCCGCUCAACCCAGCAGCACCUGAAGAAUGUGUACUCCAGCCUGGCGAUCUGCAUGCUUGUGGCAGCGGCAGGAGCGUACGUGCACGUUGUCCUGAGGCUCUUCCAGGGGGGUCUGCUGUCCCUCCUGGGAUCGCUGGCAAUGAUGGCCUGGCUGGGAAUGACCCCACACAGUCCGGACACAGAGAAGAAGCGGCUUGCCAUUCUCUCAGGGUUCGCCUUCCUUACAGGUGUGGGCUUGGGGCCGACUAUGGACUUUGUCAUUUCGAUUAAUCCCAGCAUCAUUUUGACGGCUUUCUUGUCCACGGCUGUGAUUUUCGUUUGCUUCACGCUGAGUGCCAUGUACGCCCAACGCAGGAGUUAUCUCUUCCUCGGAGGCACGCUCAUGUCUGGCUUGUCUCUCCUCUUUCUGCUUUCUCUGUUCAACAUGUUCUUUGGAUCGGCUCUGCUUUUCAAGGCUCACUUGUACAUCGGGCUGGCAGUCAUGUGCGCGUUCGUGCUGUUCGACACACAGCUGAUAAUCGAGAAGGCAGAGAUGGGAGACAAGGAUUACAUCUGGCACUGCGUGGAUCUCUUCCUUGACUUUGUCACCAUCUUCAGGAAGCUGAUGAUCAUCCUUACCAUGAACGAGAAGGACAAGAAAAAGGAGCGGAAGUAGAGGGGACAGUGAAGAUGGCUGUGAACUUGAUCUCGCAUUAAAGGGAAACCUUUCUGAGACCAGGAAUCCUCUCCAAUGUGUUUCUGCUGCUUUUUUCCCCUGUUUUUUCUGCCUCUUAAUGAGUGUUUUUUUUCUUCUAGAAUAGUGUUUCUUUGUCUGUUUUCUGGUGGGAGUUUGGCUUCAUUAGGUUUUGUAUAGAUGUUUUUUUAAGGAGGGGGGUGCGGUCAUGUGACUCAGUGCAGACCUUGCAUUGGCUCUGCCGCAGAACUGUCAUGAUUGGAUUCGUCCAGCAGGAGGGGCUGUUUUAAAAAAAAAAAAAAAAAAAAAAAAAAAAAAAAAAACGCUGG